AUGAGGCAGAGGGGACGCGCCACGCUCCUGGUAGCGUUGCUGCUCCUGGCACAGCUGCGCCCGGAGAGCAGCCAGUGGAGCCCAGCGGCUGCGGCGGCGACUGGGGUCCGGGAUCCGAAUCUGCGAUGGAGCCCCGGAGUGCGGCAUCAGGGCGGCGGCGUUCGCGCGCUCCUCUUGCUGUUAGCCGAGCGCUUCCCGCACCGCGCGGGAUCUGAGCCUGCGGGCAAGCAGCGGCAGCGACGAGACGACCCUCCGCUGUCCAUCGACCUCACCUUCCACCUGCUGCGGACCCUGCUGGAGCUAGCUCGGACACAGAGCCAACGCGAGCGCGCAGAGCAGAACCGCAUCAUAUUCGAUUCGGUGGGCAAGUGA